AUGGCUUGGGCCCCUCUCCGCGGAACGGCCUAUGUAUCGCAGCCAGAAGAAGCUGCUUUAGAUGCUCUGCACUAUAAUGCUAAACAUACCGUUCUCGAGCAUGCUCCGUUGGCGUCUGUGAUACCUACAAAGACCGUUAUACAUCACACCAUCGAUGAGGGCACAAUCGCCUACCAGGAGGGCGGGUUUUGUCGUAUUACGCCAGGGGAGAUCCUACACGACCGUUAUAAGGUUCUGCGGAAAAUUGGGUAUGGGAAGUUCUCCACUGUUUGGGCAGCUGUUGAUAUGGUAUCCGGUACUCUUAGAGCAAUCAAGAUCUCACGCUCCAAUCCUGAAGAUUGGAACGUAGCCCGAAAUGAAUAUGACGUCAUGUGCAAAAUUCAUUCGAAGGUCUCUGAGCUUUUCUCUGACAGCUUCCCGUCUAUCGAGGCUUUGCCUCUUCAAGCUGUCUACGAUGUAUUUCGCCACCCCGCCCCGCCCAAUUCUAAACACGUCUGUCUUGUGGUAGAGUUUCUUGGGUGCUCCACUUAUCGUUUCUUGCAGCAAUACACCCGAAGGCGUUCUUCGCGGCCUGCAAUCCCUGUGCCGAUAGUAAAGACUUUUGCCCGCCAUCUACUGGUCGCUCUCGGUUACGUUCACGCUGCCGGGUAUGUGCACACUGAUGUGAAGCCCGAGAAUCUGUGUUUGAAGUAUACCCUCUCGGAGCUUCGAACACUGGACACACCUGUCUUUGAUUGUAGACUACGAACAACAGCGGUAGCGCCAAGCACCGCUGACUUUGUGAGCCUAUCCGGGCUUGAACAGAUGGAAAUAGCAGCAUACUUACAAUCAGUCAGCCCCCAAACUACCGUCCGUUCGGACCACCACGGAUCACUGGAUGAUCUUCUUGACAAUACGUCCUUGCAAGUUGUGGAAGGACCGGGGAAUAUUUACAGUUCUAGUAGCUACCCGCUCCACGACGCCCUCUACGCUGCGGAUCUUCUGUUUCGCAUUGUACCAUACCCAGAUAAUCUAGAAAGGAAGUUUGGCCUACUCAUUGACGAGACCUCCCUAUCCAAAACAGCGAUUCACUUGGACGCACUGUAUUCAUAUAAGAAUAUUCCAUCAACUGAGGAGUCUCAAGAGCAAUUUUGGAACUCUCUGACCUCUAUUUGUAAGACUGUCUUACUAAAGCUAAGAGGGACCACUUCUUCUCCAUUUAACAUAUGUAUUGAGACUACACAACAGACAAAAGAGGCCGAUGUUGAUGGUGAUGUACAGCCGCAGCGUAUCCUAAAAAAGGCUAGCACCACCCUACGUGCUCCUCUACCUAGAAUAAACGACGACGAGCAUAUUUGCGUGCACCUUCUCGAUGAAGCGACAGUUAUUAGUAUUGACGCUCUCUCGGCCGUCCCAUUACUUAAAAAGCUUGCUGCCGCGGAACUGGCUUUGCCUGUGACACUGAAGAAAAUCCUUCUUGCCCACAAGAGGACCGCUGAUGAAUAUCUCCAAACCCAUUCUAUAGAGCUUCCUACAUGCAUGUCAGUACCUAUCGUGCUCAACGGUUACAUGAGGGGUAAGACCUUGCAUAUCCAAGAAGGUCUCGAUCCCUAUAAUCACGUAAUUGUUAACGGACACCAAUUCGCCGUGGCUAGGAAGGGCUCUGUUGACUGCAUUGAUGACAUAGUGGUGGAGCUCAAGCAUUUUGAUCCUCGCAAAGCAGCAUCCAUUGCGGUCUAUAAACAGUCAAGGUAUGCAUUUUCAUCAUACUUAGCAAUGCUGAAUUGUUGCUAUGAUGACUACUACAUGUCAGAUCACCACCACAUCAACAUUGGCGGAUCAUUCACAAGUAACCCUUGGGGACAGAGCCGGCCUCCUGCUCGUCCGGAAACAUGCACGGGAGAAGUGAAUGGUAGCAAUGAGACCGCGUCAAUGGCUGCUUCCUUUGUGUCUACAAGCUACAGCCAUGAGUGCUCGCGGACACACACACGUCAAGGGUCUCAGAUAAGCAGCGAGUGGUCUGUUGAACACGAUUCCUCUGCAGACGGAGAGGGGAUUCCUCCCUUCGAUGAUGCUAUUUGUGGUUGUAUCAUUUCUUCUGCCACCGACACGGCUCUUUAUAGGCCAAUUAUGGUGGCAUACCCGGAUACAGAUCACCUCAUACCUCUAUUGCCGGAAAUGUUUUCUGUUAAGCUAAUUGACUUGGGGAAUAGUCACCGUCUUGGAGAUACCCAACCACCUCUUAUCCAGACCGCUCCAUACCGUGCGCCGGAAGUUAUACUGGGACUUCCUUUUGAUGAAAAGGCAGAUGUUUGGUCUGUAGGGUGUGUUAUCUACGAGUUUCUUACGGGCCACAUACUCUUCCCGACAGUUGACAUGUCCAGUGGUAAACACAUUAGUGAUGCCCAGCAUAUGUGUGACAUCCUUGCUACUGUUCCGUUCCCUGGUACUGAAUACUUUCAGGCGUCACCCUUGGGGCUUUCGCUUUUGGAAGAUGAGUGUACAAAGAAGUACCUUGAUGCCACGGCACACUUCUCUUUGCAGCUUCGUCUGGAGCAGACUGGGUUCACAAGGGAGGAGGCGUGUCUAGCAGGAAGCUUCCUAGAACAACUGCUUACCGUCGACCAUAAAAAGCGGCCUUCUGCGACUCAAAUGCUGGAGCAUCCGUGGCUGUCAACUCAUGGCCCAACUGAUGCACUUACGCAACCUGGCGGUUGGGGGCAUUCAUAG